CUUCUAGUUCCGGUCAUGCGGCAGCGGCUGAAGCGGCGAGUGGUUGGAGGGUUCUGCUCCGGAAGUGCUAGCGCAGGAGGGCCUAGAGGGGCGCCGGGAACGGCGCGCGGCUACACGAUGGCUGCCCGGCUGGCUGCGCGCCGUUUGUGGGCUACACUUGCAGUUGCCGGGAGAGGCCCGCUGGUUUCCUGCCGGAGGUGGUCCGGCGCCUGGGCAGACACCGUAUACGAUGUGGUGGUGUCAGGAGGAGGCCUGGUGGGCGCCGCCAUGGCCUGUGCCUUGGGAUAUGAUACUCACUUUUGUGACAAGAAAAUCCUGUUGCUAGAAGCAGGUCCAAAGAAAGUAUUGGAGAAAUUGCCAGAAACUUACAGCAACAGGGUCAGCUCCAUUUCCCCUGGCUCUGCAACCCUUCUUAGUAGUUUUGGUGCCUGGGCCCACAUCUGCAACAUGAGAUACAGAGCAUUUCGGCGAAUGCAGGUGUGGGAUGCCUGCUCAGAGGCCUUGAUAAUGUUCGAUAAAGAUAAUUUAGAUGACAUGGGCUACAUAGUGGAGAAUGAUGUCAUCAUGCAUGCUCUUACUAAGCAGCUGGAGGCUGUGUCAGACCGCGUGACGGUUCUCUACAAGAGGAAAGCAGUUGGCUACACCUGGCCUUGUCCAUUUCCCAUGGCCGACUCCAGCCCUUGGGUUCAUAUUACCCUAGGUGAUGGCAGCACCCUCCAGACCAAAUUGUUGAUUGGUGCAGAUGGUCACAACUCAGGAGUACGGCAGGCUGCUGGAAUCCAGAACGUUAGCUGGAACUAUGACCAGUCCGCUGUUGUGGCUACCCUGCAUUUAUCAGAGGCUACAGAAAAUAAUGUAGCUUGGCAAAGAUUUCUCCCCUCUGGGCCCAUUGCUCUGCUCCCGCUCUCAGACACCUUGAGUUCCUUGGUUUGGUCCACAUCCCAUACACAUGCAACAGAGCUGGUCAGCAUGGAUGAGGAAAAGUUUGUGGAUGCCAUUAACUCUGCCUUUUGGAGUGAUGCUCACCACACAGACUUCAUCGACACAGCUGGCACUGUGCUGCAGUAUGCUGUUGCCUUUCUGAAGCCCACUAAGGUCUCAGCCCGUCAGCUGCCCCCAAGUGUAGCCAGGGUGGACAUCAGAAGCCGAGUACUGUUUCCUCUUGGGCUGGGACAUGCUGCUGAGUAUGUCCGGCCUCGGCUAGCGCUCAUUGGGGAUGCAGCCCACAGAGUCCAUCCACUUGCAGGACAAGGUGUCAACAUGGGCUUUGGGGAUAUCUCCAGCCUAGUCCAUCACCUCAGUACUGCAGCUUUCAAUGGGAAAGACUUAGGCUCCAUGAGCCACCUCACAAGUUAUGAAACGGACAGACAGCGUCACAACACUGCUCUUCUAGUUGCUACUGACCUACUAAAAAGGCUCUAUUCCACCAGUACCACUCCGCUUGUGCUGCUUAGGACGUGGGGCUUGCAGGCCACAAAUGCAGUAGCUCUACUUAAAGAGCAGAUUAUGGCCUUUGCAAGCAAAUGAAUGCUCCUUUUCUAGGCAUUUUGUUGAUGGUAAAUGAAUGUCCUUUCUGAAGACCAUCACAUAUUUGAAGUUUUAAUUUAAUAAAUUUACAUUACACUCUCCA